AUGAGGGCUGAAAUCCUCUGUCUGCUCAUCAUCAUGACCUCAGUGAAUAUCGGAGAAACAAUGAAAUAUGUGACCUUAAAUGAAUGCAGACGCUGCCUUUCCAAAUCUGUUUUCGCGCAACACGAGGCUGCUCUCCAAACCGACGAUCGUACACGUGUGAUUGCUGUGUCAGGCGGCAUAUUCCUAAACUGCUCGGAGGAUCCUGAAGUGUUGACGAUAUCUCUGUGCUCGGAUCCUUGCAUUACCAUCGAUAUUAUUCACAAUGGGGUUUCUUUGGGCACAUACCAAGAUUGUUCGACGGGAGUUGUUCGGGACCUUCCCAAUUAUGAAAAUAUUCGCACCACAUUCACGGGAACAUUGAACGAUAGCUACACUCUUAAUGGAGAAUUUUUCGAACUGAAGAUCACAUUCAAAAAUAUGGAUAAGGCGCAUACGAGAAUUGCGACCGAGAGUGGAAAAGAGUUGUCGUUCAAUCCGGACACAGUUAAGUUUGUUAUAACGUGCAUUUUGGUUGCCAUCUUCGGUGCGCUGAUAAGUAUUGUCGUCGUAGCAGUAUGUAAGGCGAACAAAACUCAGAAGAUAAUUGGCACUUUGGUGAAAUGCAUUGUUCCUUGCCGUCGCCGCUCGAUCGAUAGUGAAUCGCAGAACUCGAAUUCGAUCGACAAUGAAUCCGAUUCGCAAACGGAUGAAAUCGAGAAUGUUGACAACAAACUGGACGAUACCCAACAUUCGUCGAUGGAUUCGACUGAAGACGAUUCGGCCUCUUCGAUUGGGGCUUAA